UUGACAUUUUUUCUUGCCUCAUUCCAGCUGCAGCUUAUAUGGAUCUCUUCACACUAAUAAGCCAAGACCAGUGUAAACAUCAUGGUAAGAAAUUGGCUCCAGUUUGUAAAAGAAACAAAUGGUGCCACAUGUGGUUGCUUGUAUCACAAUUCUCAAACAGUGCUAAGAGUGCUAAGCCACAUGCCAGGAUCAAUAUGCUGCUGUGUGUCACUUCCUAUUCUGCAUCCUGCAUGUGAACAAAAGAAGCAGGGGAGAGAGGAAAAUGGUAAACUCAAAGAGGAACCCAAGUUUCUCUUCUCCUUCCUUCACAGGGAAAUGCACGUAUUCCUUUUAGUGACAACAUGAGCUUUGCUGAGAUGCAAUAUGCCUCACAUGGAUUAACAGUGUGGCUCGCUGGAACAGCUUUUGUACUCUUUCUGCAGGUGGACAGCAGUAUAAAAGAGUUAAAGAUCCUUUCAUCCACACAUGUGGGCUUGCUCACUCCAUGAUGAAACAGGCAGUGUCACAUGCUGAGCAUCUGUGCUGGAAACAGUAAUCCUCCUCCAAGAUGGCAGUCACGUCACUGAACGUUACUGAGGAGCCAGUUGCUGAGGUGGACAUAUGCAUGUUUGAGAUUGAUAGCAGCCACGAGGUCAUCCCGUCUAUUGUCUGCUCCGUCUGCCUUUCUUUUGGACUGAUCUACUGCUUUUUUGGGUACCGCUGUUUCAAGAUUGUCACAUUCUUUUCUGGCUUCAUGUUUGGAUCAGCGUCUGUCCUACUGCUGUACCACAAUGAGCCUGUGCUGGAGGCUCACCUGGGGGCUGAGGCCAAAUCUGGGAUUGGCCUGGGCAUGGGGGUGCUCUGCGGCCUGGUGACCCUGCUGGUGUCCACCUUGGGGAUCCUCUUGUGUGGCCUCCAACUGGGCUGCCUGCUCUCCUCUGCCACCCUCGUAGUCGUCGGACAGUUUUACAGCCUCACACCAGCGUGGGUGCCCUUGAGUGCCAUCAUGGCUGCCAGCAUUGCCACAGCUGUGCUCACACUGCAGUGGCAGAAACUGUUUGUCAUCAUGUACACAUCAGUGUUUGGUGCCAUCACUGUGAUGCUGUGUGUGGAUUACUUAGUGGGAGCCUUCAUGCUGCCUGAUCAUGUGUAUGAUAUGUUUUGUCAAGCGACCCCACUUUCACUAUGUUGGUUCAAUUGGGCAAUUAGUGGAAUUGGCCCGGCUUUAAGUCUUACAGGCGUGGCGGUGCAGUGGAAGUUUACCGCCAAAGGAGCAUCACAUACAGAGGCUUCACACAAAAAAAUGAAGAAACAUGCCAAAAAGCAUAAAUUCUCAGAGUCUAGAAGAAGGCCACCACAUUAUCGUCAGCGUAGGCCUCCACCUCUAAAACGCUAUGCCGGGGACGUCCUUGCACCAAGUUACCUCCGCAGCCUGCAGGAGCGCCAGAUGGGAACAGGCUCCUCCAGCAGCAGUGUCAGCACCAUCACACACACUCUCAUUGACUUUGACUUUGAGACCGGCUCCAUGGUGCCUCUGACUGCGACCUCGCCAACCAUCAUGGUGUGAAGGAGCAGUGGAACAGAUGACAGUGCAUUAAACAUAUCUGAGGGGUGUUCAUCGCGACUGACGAUAGUCCCAUUCUUAGGCUUCAUGCAUGCAAAGAUGCUUGAAGAGAAUCUGUCAGUAUGUUAAGCCAUACUGGGGUAUGCUUUGUUUCACACUACGGCAAAUGGACAAUUUCACUACACUAAAAAGCUGCAGUUCAUGUCACAUGAUAGAUAGAUAAUUAUAAUUAAAUGGCUCGAGACAGCCACUGUAUGGUGGGAGAAAGUUAGGACAAUUCCAAGGGCCCCUGGGGAGCCCAAUGUGAGCCUACAAUUAAUGUUAUUGAAAUGGAGCCUUGCAGGCUAGAAUGCAAAAACGCAUAGUUGUUUUAUCUUAAAACACUUCAUACUGACUUGGACUUGGGAAAUCAGCAUGCCGGUCAUUAUCAUUGUCAGAAUGGUGUGCAGUGCUUGCACAAACUUUACCACACACUAAAAUGACACAUAAGAGGUCAUAUCAAACAUACAGGAAAUAAAUUCAAUGACUGAUCGAUUUUCAUUCAGCCAGAUGUCCAAUGUUCCAACAGACGUAUGAAGUCACUUGAAUAUAUGCAAUUCAUUUUAAAAGUCAUCAUGAAACGUAUUGCUUCCACGCACCUUCUUGUCUUG